AUGAUAUUUUACAGAAGGUGAGAGCAUGGAGAGGUACUUGAGCGACCCGCCGGAUGGUGGCUAUGGCUGGGUCGUGGUCACCUCAGCCUUCUUCAUCAUGGGCCUCACCGCUGCUGUUUUUAAAAACUUUGGUCUGUUUUUCCUUGAAAUCCAAAGUCACUAUGAUGUCCUUAACAGUACUACCUCAUGGGUGACCUCAACCACUAUUGCUGUGUUUCAUUUGGGAGCUCCUCUGGCCAGUGCUCUCAGUAUGCAUCUGUCCCAGCGCGCGGUUAUCGUGGUCGGAGGGCUUCUGGCUACCUCAGGAAUGAUUAUCGCCUCUUUGGACCUCAGCCUGCCUUGGAUGUAUCUGUCUAUUGGUGUACUCCAAGGACUUGGCGUCUCAUUUGCUUGGAUACCAGCUAACAGCAUGGUCAGCCAUUAUUUCAGACGCUGGCGUCCCAUUGCCUAUGCAAUCGCUAGUUCUGGAGAGUGUGUCUUUGCCAUGGGAUUCAGCCCAUUGUUCCAGUGGCUUAUCGACAGCUAUUCUUGGCAGGGGACUCUACUCAUCAUUGGUGGUCUUCAGCUGAAUCUCUGUGUGUGUGGUGCUCUGAUGAAACCCCUCCCAGCUGCAAAAACCUCUAUCCAAGACAAACCUGUGUUUAAAGAAAGCAGAACAUCAAAUAAAGGCACUUUCCAGUGGUCCCUUCUACAGAGGCCUGAGUUGCUGCUAUAUAUUGUGUUUGCCAUCUUAGCGGCGGCAGGUUUCUUCAUCCCACCUCUUUUUCUGGUGCCCUAUGCCAGCAGUUUGGGCAUGGCACAGUACUGGGCGGCCUCGAUUCUGUCAGUGCUGGCAUUGGCAGAUCUGCUCGGCAGACUAGCAUGCGGGUGGCUGGCUAACCUGCGGCUGGUGAGAAACCUGCAGCUGCUGACCAUGGUGGUCACUGCUCUGGGGGUGGUGCUGCUUCUGCUUCCCAUUGCACAGUGCUACUGGAGUAUCCUGGUCUUUGCUUCACUCUAUGGCUUCCUGUUCGGCUGCGUGGUGGCCAUUCAUGUGACGACUAUUGUAGAUAUUGUUGGACUGGAGGGCUUUGACAGCGCUCUAGGGCUCUUCAUGCUGUUACGGAGCUCUGGAGGAUUUGUUGGUCCACCUGCUGCAGGCUGGCUGGUGGACUGGACUCAUGACUUCGGUGCUAGUUUCUACUUCUCUGGCCUCUGCCUUGUCCUGUCUGGGGUUUUCGUGGUGCUUGUUGACAGGCUGGUGAAGAAGAAAAAACUCAAACUACCAGAUUCAUGCACUGAGACUACAGAUCAUCCAAUACUCAAAGUGGACGGUGCAGAUGUUUAAAGGCCACACAAGAUAAUAUUCCAGCGUUUUACUUUUGUUAUAUCAUGAACUGUUGUUUAUUUAAAGCCAUAUUAUUACUUUUCAAAAAAGCAAUAGGCAUUUUGUUAUCUCAACCUCUCACCCUAUAACUUCCAGACA